CAUCGCCCAUACCGCUGUCAAAGUCAUUCUGAGAAUGUGCAAUUGUGUCGAAUAUUACUUUAAUUUCAAUUAAUUAAUCUAUAUAGUUGUUGUUAAUUCCUGUCCUGUUUUAGAAGUUCUUAAAAGUGAACGUCAUAAGUUAAAGUGACGAUAAAGUUGUAGCGUCUAGGUUGUUGGCGGCCAUUUUAUUUGCCGGCUGUGUUCACUGGUGCCGAGCCCAUCUCUGCGAUACGGGGCAACCGAGCCAGCAGUCAGUUGGCAUUUUCGCGAGUACAGUGGAGGUGUCUUUAGUUUUUAGCUUUUAGGAAAUCGAUUAAAACAUAAAAGUGCAUAAAAAUGACGACAAAUAUGCAGCAGGGAACGAUUCUAGACGUUUUGAAGAAGAAAAUGCGUCAGACGAAAGAGGAAAUGGAGAAAUAUAAGGAUGAAUGUGAGGAGUAUCACAAACGAUUACAAGUGGAAAUAAUGCGGAGAGAAGAAGCUGAGUCCGAAGUCGCUGCCCUCAACCGACGUAUCCAACUGCUGGAAGAGGACCUCGAGAGGUCCGAGGAGCGCCUCGCCACCGCCACAGCCAAACUGUCCGAGGCCAGCCAGGCUGCCGAUGAGUCGGAACGAAUACGCAAGGCGCUGGAGAACCGGACCAAUAUGGAGGACGACCGCGUGGCGAUCCUGGAGGCGCAGCUAUCGCAGGCCAAGCUCAUCGCCGAGGAAUCCGACAAGAAAUACGAGGAGGUGGCGCGCAAACUGGUGUUGAUGGAGCAGGACCUCGAGCGAGCGGAGGAGCGAGCGGAGCAGAGCGACUGCAAAAUCGUCGAGCUUGAGGAAGAACUGCGCGUGGUUGGCAACAACUUGAAAUCCCUGGAAGUCUCCGAGGAGAAGGCCAACCAACGUGAGGAGGAGUACAAAAAUCAGAUCAAAACCCUCACCACCCGCCUAAAGGAGGCUGAGGCCCGCGCUGAGUUCGCCGAGCGUUCCGUGCAGAAACUGCAAAAGGAGGUCGACAGGCUUGAAGACGAGGUGAUCGAAGAACGCAGUAAAUACAAGGCGAUAGCCGAAGAAGUGGACCAGACAUUCGCGGACCUAUCUGGCUACUAGACGGCGCAAUUUUGAGGACGCCGCCAUUUUGUGAAAACGGCGGGAAAGGCGGCAGAACGUUCGGGUGUUCGGCUUGUGGAAAAUUCUAUAUUUUGCGAGGCACUGAAAUGCGAACAUUAAGGACCUGUUUCACUAUUUUCUGAUAAAAUAUCAUAUUGCACUCUGACAGAUUUGCCAGUUAGUCCUGUCCAACAUUUGUGAAAUACAAUUUUUAACGCCAAAUCUACUUUUAUACAAACGUCAAAAAUCUUUCGCAUUGCAUAAUUAUAUAAUAAACGACAGGUAUUAAACGCACACAUACCAUGAGUCAGUCGACCAGUGGCCACGGACCUUUGUAACAAGGUCCUAAACUUCUGGGAAAUUAAAGGUAUGUGCGUGUUUAAUAAAUUUUUAACGCCGUUUGAUAUGUUUGUUACAUAUAGGCUAUCAGAUACUUUAUCAGCUAGUGGUUAAACAAGCUUUAAUAUGCUAAAACUGAUUUAGAUUUUAUUAUGAAGGCAAAUAUUACUUUUUAAAAUAUAAUGAUGUUGUGAAAAGUAAAAGCUAUGUAACUUUUACUACGUAGCUUUGAAGCGAUGUGUUUUUAUGUUUUUUUUUUUGCAUUUAAUAAAGUGCUUGUUAAUAUCUGGUUCCAAAGUCUAGGUUUUACUUAAAUACCUUCACAUAGACACAAAUUCUUAAAAUUAAAUUGUUUUAUUAGAACGUAGGUACAAUAUUUACUUACGAUUUAAUAGGUUUGGAAUUAAAAAUCGAAAAUAAAUGAAAUUACAUAAAUUACUUUUGUGAGUGAAUAGGUACUAAGUAAUAAAUUUAUAGUCACGUAAUACCUACCCUUGUUGAGAUACUGAAUUAAGAACUAAGGUUGUAAGUAGUUACUUAUGUAAUAAUUUAGAAUACCAUGUUAUUGUACACAAACACGAGAAAAAAAAAAACAAAACGUCAAAAAUGAAAAAUGUAAUUUUCGAAAGUUAUACAAAAUAUAAAAUUGUUUAGAUGCAGCCGGUCAUCAGAAUUGUAUAUUCAUGUUGAUAGAAAUAAAAGUAAUGUUAUACACAACAAUUAUCUGUUCGAAAAUUACAAAGUUGUGACGUCCAAAUAUAUUGAAUGUAAAACUGAUAAACCGGUGUAAAUUGUGACAUGUAAUUUUGGCGAAAAUACACUCAUAUUUUAUAAUAGCCUCAUAAUUGUAUCCGCAUGUACAGUCAAAAGCACAUCAAGCUACCCGAAUUUAUUGCAAAUUCACCUCUAUUAUAGCGACUUAAGAUCCAUACAGAUAACGACUGUACCUAUUUCUGAUAUUGUUAUUAGGGACAUCAAAAUCGAUAUGGUUCAAAAGUAGGUCGCGUUAUUGAUUUUGUUCCUAUAAAUAAUUCGGCCAAAAUAUGUGCAAAGCUAAAUAAACGCACAUGGUAUGAAGUAAGUAAAAGAUUAUUUUCAUUUGAUAUUUUCAAAAUAUUAAACAUUUUAAUUCUAAUUAGAAGUAUAAUCGACGAGUGAACACUGCCGAAAUUCAUGUAUGCCGCCUUUUGUAUUUUUACUACAAUAUGUGCAAAUAAUCUUAUGAAGUUCUGUAACGAUUUUAGUUUCUAGGCACUACAACAUUAGGUUUUUUACAGGUUUAGCUUAUAGCUUAGUUUUUAUACUGGCCAAUUUGUAUUGUACCCAUAGCUCUAUAAGGAAUUUUAAUUGGUAAUAUCCUUAUUAAUAACAUCUAUAAUAUGCUUUGACAUCGCAUUAUUCUUUAUGUGUAUUAGAAAAUGUUCUUCUGAAGGAGAUACGUCUUUGUAUAUGGGAUAUACUUUGAAGUUACAAGAGCUGCGGAGCGCGGCCUUACUGCUCCGUGUCGUUGCCGCUCCAUGCACUGCAUUUUGUAGCAUAUUGCGUUGAUCCGCUGACGGAACAGUAAGGCCGCACUCGUUCGUGCGUCUCUUUAAUCGUCAAUUGAAGUUACUAAAAAGACGAGUUCAAGCGAUUGUGCUUUAGUUUGCUUGCAGCUGCUUGGCCAUGAUCAAAACUUCACAGUAAAGCCCACUGAAAUAUGAAUGGUUACCAUAUGGCUAUGUUCAAACGGGAAAUUCAUAAAUUAUGGGACAUAUUUAUUACUAGACGUGAUUAGAAAUCAUGUCUUUGAACGACAAAAUAAAUGGGAUAUGUUUUAAAACAUCGCCCAUGUAUAAGCAAGCAAAAAUUUUACCAUAAGACUUACCUACCUAGCAUGAAACACGUAGCACGUUAUUGCGUCCACACGCUUUCUCUUUUUUACUGGAUAUGGUACACGAUAUGGAGAGGGACAAGAUGUGGAUGUUAGCGACGUGCUACUCGUGUUAUGUUUCGUGGUAGGCCUUCUGGUUUUAACUGUAUCUAAAUGAUUUUCACUUAUUGGAUUCCAAAGUAGACUGCUUGAUUUUUAGGUUAGCUUACUCUGAUUAAGCGUACUUCAGCGCUUUAAGUGACUGUUCAUUCUAAAAUAAAAUACUUAUUUGUAA